ACGGUGUUGGGAACGGAACGGAAAGGGCCGGGGCGAGCGAAACCCUAAACGGGGCGAGGCAGGGGUUAAUCGGAGAAGCUUGGAACCGUGGUUCCUCUUUCGCCUUCGCGCACUUCGCUUAGCCCCCCUCCCAUCGGAUCGCCAGCACCAUGAAGCUCAACAUCGCCAACCCCACUACGGGGUGCCAGAAGAAGGUUGAGAUCGAUGACGACGCUAAGCUUCGCCAAUUCUACGACAAGAGAUUGGCCCAGGAGGUCAGCGGUGACCAGCUGGGAGAUGAGUUCAAGGGGUAUGUCUUCAAGAUCAUGGGAGGCUGCGACAAGCAGGGUUUCCCAAUGAAGCAGGGAGUUCUCACUCAAGGCCGUGUGCAGCUCCUGAUGCACAGAGGGGUCUCUUGCUUCAGGGGAUACGGGAGGCGCAACGGGGAGCGGAGGCGUAAGUCCGUGAGGGGAUGCAUCGUUAGCCCAGACCUCUCGGUGUUGAACCUGGUUAUCGUCAAGCAAGGUGAUAAUGACUUGCCUGGACUCACUGAUAUUGAGAAGCCCAGAAUGAGGGGUCCGAAGAGAGCCACCAAAAUUCGCAAGCUCUUCAAUCUCACCAAGGAGGAUGAUGUGAGGAAAUACGUCAACACCUAUCGUCGCAGCUUUGUAUCGGCCACAGGCAAGAAGAGGAGCAAGGCACCGAAGAUCCAGAGGCUUGUGACUCCUUUGACUUUGCAGAGGAAGCGCCGUAGAGUGGCAAUCAAGAAGGCGCGUGUCGCCAAAGCCAAGACCGAGGCAGCAGAGUACCAGAAACUCUUGGCUCUUCGCAUUAAGGAGCAGCGGGAGCACCGUAGUGAGAGUUUGGCCAAGAAGCGUGCUUCACGCGCAUCGCUUGCCAAGCCCGAGGCUUAGACCAAUAGUCAAGCUAUUAGGUUGUUUCGGCAUGCAGCCCGAAUUGAGUCGGGUCUUUAAUUCAUCAUGUUCCAAUUUUAAAGUU